GUCCAGCCUAAUGAACGCCUCCGUUAGGUCUGGUUCCUGUGUUAGCUCCCCGGGCUCAAUUAUUUGGAGCAGUGUCGUCUAUGACUUUGAGAUGAGCAUUGCCAAGCUAUAAAUAUCGUCACGAACAAAAUUGGAGAUCUGAGUUUGUGCUGGUCGCUCCCUAUCAGCACUUUCGCCUCUCGAAUUCGCAAGAAAGGUCAUCUACGGCCGCCAUACCUCGACAAUGGGCCUCACUCUCUACGACAAGAUCUACAAUGCUCACCUGGUGGAUCCAACAAACACCACCGCACCCCUCCAGUACAUAGACGCGCAUCUCAUCUUCGAGGUGCCAACGCCUCAAGCUUUUGACGGUCUCAGAAGGAACAAGCGUUCCGUUCGUCGGCCUGACCUUACCUUGGCUACCGUUGACCAUAAUGUGCCAACCGACGACCGUUCGGGCUACCGCGAUGCCUCGUCCUUUCUGACUGAACCAGCGGCGAGGAAGCAGGUAACUCUAUUGGAGAAGAACGUAGCCGAGCACGGGAUCAAGUACUUUGGCAUGUCAGACCGCCGCCAGGGUAUCGUCCACGUCGUCGGGCCUGAGCAGGGACUCACGUUACCGGGUUCAGUCAUCUUCUGUGGCGACUCCCACACGCCCACGCACGGAGCGGUAGGCGCAUUAGCCAUCAGCGGCAGCGUAACCGAGAUUGAACAUGUCUUGGCCACGCAGACGGUACUACAGCACAAAUUCAAGAACUUCCGUGUGCGUGUCGAAGGGGACCUAGGCCCUGGUGUGUACUCUAAAGAUAUCAUCUUGCAUCUUUUGAGCAAGAUUGGCACCGCAGGCGCUACGGGAUACAUUAUCGAAUUUUGUGGAUCAACUAUUCGCAACCUCUCUAUGGAGGCGCGUAUGGUUCUCUGCAAUAUGAGCAUCGAAGGAGGUGCCCGUACAGCGCUUGUCGCGCCUGAUGAGGUCACCGUUGAAUAUCUUCAGGGUCGACCUCUGGUGCCUUCGGGCGAGGACUGGGACAAGGCAUUAACAUAUUGGAGGACGCUGCAAAGCGACGAGGAUGCCCACUGGGACUAUACAGUUGACAUCAACGCCGUCGAUAUUGUGCCCUCCAUUACCUGGGGCACUUCGCCGGACGAUGUCAUCCCCAUUACAGGAACGAUACCCGAUCCUGCAGACCUAGACGGCAAGGACGACAUCAGAGCAGCAGCUAUACGGCGUUCACUCAAAUAUAUGGGCCUUCAGGCUAACAUGCGCGCUACUGACAUCCAGAUUGACCGUGUCUUUAUCGGAUCUUGCACUAAUUCGCGUAUUGAGGAUAUUCGCGCAGCCGCAAGAGUUGCCUCUGGCCGUACGGUUGCCCCUAGGGUAUAUGCUAUGGUCGUGCCAGGAUCUGGUCUAGUCCGGAAACAAGCCGAAAGGGAAGGCCUGGAUACGAUUCUAAAGAAGGCUGGCUUCGAUUGGCGCGAACCUGGCUGCUCAAUGUGUCUUGCCAUGAAUCCUGAUAAGCUGGCCCCCGGUGAGCGAUGUGCCUCCACCACGAAUCGCAACUUUGAGGGACGUCAGGGAAUCGGAGGACGAACUCAUCUGUUAUCGCCGGCCAUGGCCGCUGCUGCGGCUAUCACGGGUCACAUGACGGAUGUAAGAGAGCUCGUGGCCACUGGGAAUGGUUCCCUCAGUAAUACGCAGCUCACACUCGGAGGCGAUAAGGUUAUGAGUGCCGGUGCUGUUACCGUUCAAACUGAAGCAACCUCCACCAACACCUUAUCCCAGCCGGUUGUGGACGAAGCGUUUCCCAAUCGCCCCGCAGAGGAGAGCAAGAUUAGUGUUGAUGGUAUUCCCAAAUUCGACAUAUUGUCAUCUGUGGCAGCGCCAUUUGACAUGCAAAACAUCAAUACAGACCUCAUCAUCCCAGGCGAGUUUCUCAAGACAGUGACGCGGACAGGUCUUGGGCCCAGUCUCUUCCGCGAGCUACGCUACGACCCUAUAACCAUACAAGAGAUUCCUGAAUGUGUCCUCAACCAGGAACCUUGGCGGCACGCGCAAAUUCUUGUCUGCACUGGGGCAAAUUUUGGCUGUGGAUCUUCUCGAGAACAUGCCGUGUGGGCAUUGACGGAUUUUGGCUUCCGCUGUGUCAUUGCACCGUCUUUUGCAUCCAUAUUCUUUAACAAUGCGGGCAAGAAUGGUUUGUUAGCCAUUGCCAUUGACGAUGCGAAGGCACUGGGGCUUGUACAUGCUGAGGCCAUGGCCAAGCGCAACGUCGUGGUUGAUCUGCCAAACCAAGAGAUUCGUGACUCCAGCGGGAAACGCAUUGUCAGGUUCAACGUCGACCCUUACACCAAGCACUGCUUGCUCAAUGGCUUGGACGAUAUUAGCUCAACUCUCGUGAGCGAAGAUAAGAUCUACGCAUUCGAAACGAAGCAGAAAGCUACCUUUCCGUGGUUAUUUAAUCGUAUCAGAAAACUACAGCCUCCGAAAAGGCUUGGUCUUGAUUUACCAGGUGCCAAGGAUCUGUUGGAGUGGUAGUAAGAAGAAAUGUCUCUUCAUAAUGCAUGCUACGUUACUGUAGGUGAAUAUAUGAGUCAAGUAUGAAAUCAC